AUGGAUUUCACUAAGAGUACCUUUCGGGUUUACGAGAUUGUUCAACCAUCCGAAACGUUAGUACAGAAAGAAAAAUAUGACCAGAUCAAGCUUGAACUUCCUGGGUUCAAGAAGGAAGAUAUAAGGGUCAAGUUUAGCAAUAACACUACCUUGGAAGUCAGUGGUGAAAGACUAGUGGGAAACAAGAAGUGGAGUAGUUUCAGAAAGGAUUACUUGACACCUGAAAACUGCCUGACGGAUGAAAUACGAGCAAGUUUCGAUAAUGGAUUUCUGCAUAUCACAAUGCCGAAGAAAACUGUGAGUAGUAAUGCUACUGGUGCUGAAAUUCUUGAUAAUGAUUCCGGUGAAGAAGAGAAGAAGAAUUUUUUUACUACUGAUACUAAUACUCCUGAAGUGAUUGCUGAUAAUAUCAGUGAAGUUGAAAAGAACAAAGCAAGUUCUAGCAAUUCCACAAUCACUAAUGAAACAGAGAAAGAUGCAGAACAUUUACAAAAUGAAGGGGGAGAUUAUGUUGAUGGCGUCAAAGAGAUGAAGCAAGACGAGAUUGAAGAUGCAAUGAGUCAGAAUGAUUUUGCUGAGGAAUAUGCUAUUGAGAGUAAGAGACCCGAAGCGGAUGAUAUGACUGAAUAUGCAGUAAGUCAAUAUGAGCUGGUUCUGAACAUGUGUGCGGCUGGUUUUGUCAUUCUGAUGCUUGUGUCUUGUGCAACAUGA